AUGAAGUCGAGCAAGCCACCCAGUCACAGCCGCGAACAUGCGCCGCCCAGGGAGAACAGUGGCCGCGCGAUUGAGAUGGCCGUCGAUGAAGAUGUGGAGAGCCGUCAUCGAACGAGGCGAGAGACCAGGAAGCUUCUCAACAAGAUCGACCGUCACCUCUUGCCGCUCAUCUGUGUUCUAUAUCUGCUUUCGUGCCUCGAUCGUUCCAACUUGGGCAACGCCAGGAGAAGUGGGCUGGGAGAGGACUUAAAGUUUACGAGCAAAUAUGACUACAAUACGGCAAUAUCAAUAUUCUUCCCCUUUUACCUAGCCGUGCAAAUACCGUCCAACCUGGCCCUGCACCGGCUCCGGCCCUCUCUCUGGAUACCCUCACUGAUGGUGGCUUGGUCCCUCGUAACCGUGCUUCUAGGCUUCGUCAGGAACUUUGCCGGCCUCCUCGCCAUGCGGUGCUUACUGGGCGUUGUCGAGGGCGGCGUGUUUCCCGGCCUCGUGUUUUACUUAACACGGUGGUACAGCCGCUAUGAAUACGGGCUUCGGAUCUCCAUCUUCUUCGCGGUCGCCGUGGCCGGCGGCUCUAUGAACGGCUUCCUCGGGGACGCCAUCGUGGGCAUGCGUGGCGUCGGCGGCCUCAACAGCUGGUCCUGGAUCUUCAUCAUCGAAGGCCUUGUCACUCUCUGCGUCUCCGGAAUCGCCUUUGCCAUGAUGCACGACUAUCCGGACCGGGCCAGGUUUCUAACGCACUCGGAGAGGCGCGCUGUGAUGAGCCGCUUGGAGGAAGACGCCAACUGUCUUUCGGACCGGUUCGAGCUCGUAUACGUCAAGCACGCGCUCCUGGACUGGAAGAUUUGGGUGCACAUGGUCAUGACCGUCGGCAUCUGCGUCCCCGUCUAUUCCAUUGGCGAGUUCCUCCCCGUCAUCAUCCAAGACCUCGGCUACUCUGGCGACGGCGCCCUCUUGAUGGCCCUGCCGCCUCACGCUGCCUCGGCCCUGCUCACCCUCGGUGCCGGGCUCGCGGCUGAUCGAUUCCGGCAACGCGGCGUCUUCAUCAUCGGACUCUGCGUCUUGGCCAUGAUUGGAUUCGCCAUCCUGAGUUCCGCUCAGAGCCAUGCCGUCAAGUACAUGGCCUGCUUUCUCGUCGUCAUGGGAAUCCACCCCAUUGUCCCCCAAGACGUGGCGUGGAACGCCAACAACAUUGGGGGGUCGACCAAGCGCGCCGUGGGGAUCGCAAUGCAUAUCGGCUUCGGAAACCUGGGCGGUGCUCUUGCUGGCUUCAUCAUUCGACAAGACGAUGCUCGGCGGUUGGUUUCCGGCCAUGGUAUUUUGCUCCUCAUCACGGCCGCCAGCUGUAUGCUCGCCGCCUUCAUGACAUGGUAUCUCCGACGGGAGAACUCGAGGCGGGACCGCUUGUGCAAGAGGCAGGACUCGUAUACUCGAGAGGAGAAGAUGGCCGGGGCGGAAAAGGGUGACAGGGCCCCGUUCUUCAGAUACACUGUGUAA